AUGGAAGGAAGUAAAGGUGGUGAAGUGAGAAGGAUUCACAUAGUGUACUUCCUUAGUUUGAUGGGUCGUUCUGAAGAACCUCAUCUCAUACGUAUUCAUCAUCUAGCUCGUAACGGAGUCCAUCUUCGAGAUGUGAAGAGAUGGAUUGGAGAAGUGAGAGGGAAAGAUUUGACAGAGACAUACGCAUGGUCCUACAAGAGGAGAUACAAGACAGGUUACGUGUGGCAAGACUUGUUAGAUGAUGAUCUCAUUACUCCAAUCUCUGAUAAUGAAUACGUCCUUAAAGGAUCUCAAACGCACCCUCCCUCUUUUGGAAUGAAAGCUUCCAUGUUGAACAAGGAGAUUCAUGUUCAAGUACAUGAUACAGAAGGCAAACAGUUGAAGCAGAAGCAACCAUUGAUACCAGAAGAACUUCAACAUGAAAGAUUUCCAUACUUGAAACCAACUUCUCAGGAUCAGCUAUCAUCAGAAAUAAGCUCUGAUAGGUCCAUGUUAGCAGAUGAAAGUGAAUCUUGUAAAGUUGAACCAGACAAACUUGUGGACACAGGAAGUAAGAGAUUUUCAACAGGAGCUUCUGGUUUGUUUCACAACUUGAUCACCUGUGGAGCCUUAGAUCCAAACGACGACGUUGUGGUCAGGCUGAACCAAGCUCAUAAAACUGUUUCUAAGAACUCUAACACCCUCGAUGAUGGUAAUGUUAGCGCACAGAUUCGCAAACAUGAUAGAUUUGGAGGAUCAACUAGGAAUCUUGGAAGCUGUUGGAAUCCCCAGCAGGAGCAUCAUGAAGCCAGAAAAAGCUGUGAUGAGAAGAGCACAAACAAGAACAAGAAGAAGCUAGGCGACUUUCUGAAUCAGAUUUCUCACAAACCAUUUGGAGGGUCAAUUUUCUCUAGAUGA